CAUGCCAGUUUCAGUUUGGCUUUCGGAACGUGCAGUCGUGUAACAGGUGUGUGCUGGUUAUAGUGUCGCUAUGUAUCUGAAAGAGAUAAGAAUCAGUGGCUUUAAAAGCUACACACAUGAAACUGUUGUAGAACAGCUCCAUCCAAAGCAUAACGUUGUGGUGGGAAGAAAUGGUUCGGGAAAGAGUAAUUUCUUCUGUGCAAUCGAGUUUGUACUUAGCGAUGAAUAUAACAACCUGCGACAGCCAGGACGCGUCGGACUAAUUAACAAAGGCACUUCAAAAGCACGUUUGGACGCAGCGUUUGUUGAGCUUGUUUUCGAAAAGGCACCAAUUUCUUCGGGAAACAAAUCUUCGGAAAUGAAUGAAGUACGAAUUCGUCGCACCAUUUCAGCUACUAAGGAUCAAUAUAAACUUAAUGGACGCAUUGCAACACGCAAAGAAGUUGUGGCAAUGCUUGAUUCGAUUGGUUUGUCAUCCUGCAACCCGUACUACAUAGUUCAACAGGGAAAAAUUAAUCAGCUCGCAACGGCCCGUCCUGUUGAACUGCUGCAAGUGUUUUUCGAGAUUGGUGGCAUACGGGUGUAUGAUGAGAAACUCAAGGAAAUUUUAAAACUCAAACAGGAUGCUGAUACAUGUUUGAAACAAACACGCAUCGAGUACGCUUCGCUUAAUGAAAAUUUUAAGUUUUUGUCUAAGGAACGAAAAGAACAGGAAAAAUUUGAGCAACUAGAAAAAAAACAACGCGGGCUUAAUAUGCUCAUGCUCGAAAAAAAGCAUUCCGAUUCUGUUGCUGCGCUCCAACAUCUGGAACAAAAUGAGAAAUCGUGGGAGGAAAAGCAGCGCCUAUAUGUACUACAAAAAUUAGAAGCAGUGGAGAAUAUAAACGUUUUAAAAACGAAUCGUAAAGAAAAUAAGAUCGCACUUACAAACGCGCUGUCCAAACAUUCUCGUCUAAAUGAAGACAAUCUUUACCUGCAGAAGCAAAAAGCCCAAAUAGAGCUCCAAAUCAAAGAUAUGGAACAUAAACUGGCUAGCGAAAGCAACGAUCAAAAAAGCAAACAAACACAGCUAGAGAAACUGAGAGACGAAAUAGAACAGGCGCAGCAAGGUUUAAAAAAUAUUUCGGAUGAUCUAAAAUUAGCACAAGAACGCAGAGAUGAAUUUAAUAGCCGAUUAUUGAAAAAGGUGGAAACACGGAGCGAGCUAAUAGAUAAGCAACGCCGUGGAAUACAAUUUUCCAAUCAAAAAGAACGCGACCAUUUUCUUAAAAAUGAGAUUGAUUAUAUCAUGAAGCAGAUCACUCAACAACAGGAAAGUUUAAAAGAAACAACAAAAGAACACAAUAUUGCUAUGGAGUAUCUGGAAAAUGAAAAACAAAAUGGUAUUCAGGAGCAGGAAGCGCUAACAUUGCUGAUGAAGAAGGAACAUACGUAUGGCGAACAUCUCAUACAGAUAAAAAGGCGGCUGCAAGAGAGUAAGAAUCUGCUGGACGAACAAUUAGCCGAAGAAAUUAAAAUCAAGGAAAAUUUGCAGUAUUGCAAAGUGCAAAAUUCAGAACAGACUCAAAAGAUAAAAAAGCAAAUUGGAACGGGUGCUUAUCAAGGAUUGCAGUCAGUCAGCAAAAUAUUAGAUAUGCUUAGAUCACAAGGAGGCCAGUGUCAUCCAGUAGUUAAAGGUUACUAUGGUCAACUUAUGGAAAAUUUCAAUUGUGAAGAGGCAAUCUAUCGAGCAGUCGAAACAGUAGCGGGAAGCAAAUUGAAUUACCACAUCGUAGAAUCAGAUACGGUCGCAAAUGAGAUCAUUGCGUUGUGCAAUAAGAAUAAGUUACCGGGAGAAUUCAAUUUUUUGCCUUUAAAUCGUUUAAAAGCGACACAGCAAGUGUAUCCCAAAGAAAAUGCGAUGCAGCCUUUGAUUUCCUUGCUACAGUUUGAACCCAAAUACGAGCUCGCUUUCCAACAUAUCUUUGGAAAAACGCUGCUGUGCGAUGGGUUGGAAAUAGCGGCUACGGCUAACAAGCAGUACAAGCUGUCCUGUGUCACCAGAGAAGGCGACAUAGUCACUAGCGGCACCAUUACAGGAGGUUAUCGUGCGCCUAGCUCAUCAAAGAUUCGCCAAUUGAUGCAUAUGCGCGAUAUAGGUCAAACUAUUACUGACCUGGAACGUGACUUAAACUCCACAUGGAAACACAUAAAGAAGCUGCAAACAUUAAUGAGAAACGAUGAAAUUCUGCAAACACUAGAGGAAACGAAGCUUCAAAAACUGCUGCAACGCAUGGAAAACAUACAAAGUAAAGUGCGUGCGUUUCCAGAACGAUGCCGCAAAUUGGAAGAGAAAUGCGAGGAGAAAGAACGCAAAAUUCGUACACUUACAACUGAACUAGAAAUUCUAGCGACAAAAAAGGACAGCCUCAAGCGAGAACUUUCUACUAAGUUUAUCUGUGUGGUUUCUCAAGAGGAUGAACAAAUUAUCGCGCAACUAGACCAAGAAAUAAGAAUUAUAAAACAGCAGCAGCACGAAGCAUUUAAUGCAGAAUUGCAUGUGCAGAAACAAAAGCACAAGCUGGAGAACAAAUUGAAUUCGAAACUGAUUCCCACACGUGACGCACUUACCGCUUUGCUAAAGAGUUUGGACUGUACUACGCUUACGCAGCAAAUGGAAUUGUAUCAACAGCAGCAACAGACAUUGACCAAUAAAAUCAAUUCUCUCGUUCAGGAUAUCAAUACUAUUGAUAGACAAGUGUGUGAAAUCAGAAACAAGGAUAAAAAGAUCGCCGAAGAGCUGGAGUGUUGGAAUCAACAGUUGAGACAGGCCGAGGAAAGAAUUGAAAUUAAAGAUACUAAUCAGGUUGCGUUUGAAACGCGCAAAUGCAGUCUGGAACAAGAAAUUCGUCAGUACGCUGAGCAGAUCAAUGCGUUGGGUGUUUUACCAGCAAUUGAUCCAGUUUUCCAGAAAAUGCCACUACCGAAGUUGAUGAAGGAACUUGAGCAGACAAACAAGCAGAUUAGCAAGUUCAGCUCCGUCAACAAAGCAGCGGUUGACGAACACACGAGAGUGGCACAAUCUUUAAAAGGAUUGGAUAGAAAAUUAAAGGAAACUGAGGAUGCACGGGCACUGCAUGAAUCCAGUAUUCAGCAACUGCGAGCGCAGCGUGUCGACUGCAUUGAAAAUAUUUUCACUAAAGUGAAUGCAAACUUUAGCGAAAUAUUUUCAAAGUUCUAUCCCGCCGGCUGCGCAAGAUUGAUCCUGCAAACAACCGAGAACGAAAGCAAGGGGGACGCGAAUGAGGAUGUUCUGGAUCGCUACGUAGGACUUGGAUUGCAGGUGUCGUUUAUGGAGAGCGAAGGGUUCUUAAACGGUGUGAAUGCUUUAUCGGGUGGCCAGAAAACUUUGGUGGCAAUCACACUAAUACUGGCGAUGCAAAGGUAUAAUCCAGCCCCAUUUUACUUGUUUGAUGAAAUGGAUCAGGCGUUGGACAGCUCGCAUCGUCGGGUGAUUGCCGACGAAAUUCGUAAGUUGAGCGAAAGCUCGCAAUUCAUUACGAUUACUUUCCGGCGAGAAUUGCUGGAACAUGCCCACAAGCAUUUUGGUGUGCGAUACCAAAAUAAUAUUAGCCAUAUCGGUCCGGUGUCGAAACAACAAGCAUUGGACUUUGUGACCGAUGCUACUAUUCGAGAGUAAUUUUUUUAUAUUUUAAUAAUCCAGGGAUGUGCGGUGGUUGAGAUUAUUAUUAAUGAUAACUACAAUACUUGUAACCAUGUAAUACGAUUAUUACAACAUUUCUUGACACUACAUACUGAUACUAAAACAAAUAAUCUACCGAAGUUACUUCAUUUUACUAAAUGCUAAUGUCUGUGUUGAGCUUAAAAUCAACAAAUCCCGAUUUGCGUUCGCGACGAUUGUUAACAUUUUGUCAUAUAAUUUACAUUUUAGUUUGGUGAAGUAUUAUGAACCGAAUAUUCGAACUUUUGUCCCGUAGAACAUGCCGGGUAUCAAUAUCAACAUACCUUCUCGUUCUGUCUUAUGAACAAUCAAACCUGCCAAAGCGAGGAAGCAUGUUGGUUUGGCUGGUCGGGAUGCCGUUCAUGACAUUCCGUGCGCUGUCAGUUUG